UAUAAAUGCAGACACGCGCGAAUAUGUUUCCAUAUAACAUUGCUCGACUUCUAAUCUGCCAUCUACAAACAACACUGUUGUUUCUGUGCAGUUAGUCGUACAUAAUCUUCAGAACCUGAACUAUUGUGAAAUAUCUCGACAACGAAAAAUGAUACCGAAAUGAAACAACGCGCAUUUCACAGCUAAAAGAUGGCACUUUCACAUGGCGUAACCGAAAUUUGAGAGACAAAUUUGCUAGCGUCAUAAAAACCCUCACAAUCACCGGUUUUGAGCUUUUUGACGCAAUUUUUCUCAAAAUUGUGAUGUAAUAGUCAAAUUGGAAUAACGGAUGUUUAGCAAGCAAAAAUACAUGGGAAAUAAUUAUUCACACUCGUGUUACAAAAAUGAUGUUGGACAGUUGUUAAAGACAUAAAAUAGUAUGCAUCAGUACAGAGAACGAGAGAGGUAAUAGGAAUUAUAAUUGUCAGGCAAAUUGCUGCUGCAUGGAGCAAUUAUUGUACUUAAUUAAAAUAAUGUAGUUAAUUAAAGAUGAUCAUGCAAUUAAACUUUAAUUAAAUUAUUUCGUGGUAACUUAUUUUAAUCUAAUUGUAUCCAUUUUUUAAAGAUUUGCCAAAUUCCUUGUGAGUAGCAUGGAUCGGUCACUUUUCGUUGUCAUAAUGAUGUAUGUGCUUUGCGUGAGUUUCAAUCUUUAUGGAAUAUUUCACAAUAAAUUAGCUGUGCAGGAAAUAGAAGAAACAUUGAUGCAUUUUAGUAUUAUAGGUUUCAUUUUUGCAUACAUGUUCCUAGCCAACUAUAUCGGACAGGAAAUUACAGAUUAUAAUAAUCACGUAUUUCUUACCGUGUAUAAUACUCCAUGGUAUUUAGCACCGUUGGAGAUACAGAAGUUGACCUUGUUCUUAUUACAAAGAGGUAACAAGGCUUUCACGUUGAGUAUCAGUGGAUUAUUUACAUUAUCUAUAGAGAGCUUUGCUUCGCUAGCAAGCGCAUCAAUAUCUUAUUUCACUAUCAUGCUGUCUAUGUAGUAAUAACGAACAGAUAAACGUGUUUUAUAUAUAAGUUAUGGUAUAUUAGAACAGAAUAGAUAGAUAUAAAACUGGGAGAAAAUACUGACGUACUCUUCUACUAUUAAAUAUUUAGAAUGUUGAUAAUAGUUUUCUUUAAAAUCGU